AGGCCGCGUAGGAUUGGAUGCGCUUGCAUACAGACGAGUUUAAUUGCCUCACAGCGACAGUGAUAGUCGCAAAGCUGGGGUAGCCGAUCCUCACUGGUUUCGCUCUCGUCGAAGAUGGCCUACUGCAGCAUCCCUGGAAAGGGGCGAUAACCGCCUUCGUUGCUAUACACGCUGCCUCUCGCAAGGGAAGCUGGCGCCGUGGUUUUGCCAACGGCUCAAUGCUUUUGCUUGGGUCCAACGUCGUCAUGCCCAGCCGAGACGAUAGGGGACCCAUUGUUCCAUAUCCACCACGUCGCAUUACCAGCGCUUCGAUUGCGGCUGAUAUCAUCGCUCGGGUCACACGGGAGGUUGGUGAUGCUCUUCAACUGCGCAGCAUCAUUGCUGCUGCGUCUACGUAGCUCUAGCCCGCCAUGGUAUGCAUGCUCUCGUAGCCGCAGCAGUUGGGCCUAUCCAGCGG